UUCAUCUAUGGUUUGCUUCCAAGGGCAGUACCAAACAUUCAUCCUUAUCCUUUACCAAAGAAAAAAGGACGACGAUCCAAAGAUUAAAAGUAACUAAAGCUAGAAGCAACCAGUCGGAUAAGUAAUUCCUUCGGUAGAGUCAUAACAAAAAAAGAAAGAAAAAAGAUCAAAUACCAAACUUGAUAACUUGGUCAAGUACAAAGAUUAUUCUUUUUCUGCCUAAAACUUGUCAUGCCUUCUAAAGCUAAAACUGCAGCUUGAUUUCCCUAAUUUGUCAUAGAAACAGUUUCCACCUCACUGUUCCAAGAUUUAUCAACAUUACUCAGCUAAACAGUAGAUAGCCGAAUUUGCCAAAACAAUUUCAGUCAAGCUGAAAAAUGUCGUCGCCCUCAACGAGGGACGUCGUCGCAGAGGAAGUUUCCACUGAUCAAAUAAGUAGAUACAACUGCAAUCCCCAGGAGACAAUCAUUUCCGUACAAGAUCAGGGCUUCAGUUUGAGCAUUGGUGAUUUAGAGAAUCUCAGGUCAUUAGAUGAAGCCUUCAAAGCUGCUCAAAUUGAAACACCUGCCCCACCAUUAAUACAAAGGGUUCCAUCCAUGCUAAGCGGGAACAAACAAUUCCUCAAGUAUUUCAAGCCAAGGGUGAUUGCCAUCGGUCCCCUCCACCACGAUGAUCCCAGUCUCCGGGGAGCAGAGAAGCUCAAGCUUAAACUGGCAGCACAUUUCCUCAAGAAUCAUGUUUCCCGAAAGGAAAUCUUAUACAGCAAGAUUAAGAUGGACAUAGCCAACUUGAAGAAAUCCUACGAUCCCAAGGAAAUAGAGCAAUAUUACGAUGAUGAUGAGAAGCUCACUUGGAUGUUCGUUCUGGAUGGUUGUGCAGUUCUACAAGCAAUUUAUCUACGCCAUGAUCCUCAACAGAAGGACGAAAAGGGUGCCUCGAAUGAAUUGAAUAUUAAAAAUGAUUUGCUGACAUUUGUGUACCUAGAUUUGUUCUUGUUGGAAAACCAGCUACCUUACCGCGUUCUUGAAUUGUUGACAAGCUCAAGCAACAAUGGCCAAAGGUUUAAGGAAUCAAUCAAAAGCUUCAUUGACGAUAAUGUUAUGACUACAGCAGAGAUGAAGAAAGAGCAGCAGCGGCAGCAGCAACAACAAAAGCAAGGAAAGCAGCAGAAACAACAACAGGAACGAGAGCCUGCUCAUCUUCUGGAGCUUCUGCGAGCAAGACUGCUAGCCAAAACAGAAGAGAAGGAAAGCCCAGUCCUAAGCAAUUGGUGCAAUCGGCUGUUCAAACAUAUAGAAUCAUCUUACCAAAAAGGUAAGACAAGUCAUCAUUCGCAUACAUUUCGUAACGUCAAGGAGCUUAGAGAAGCAGGGAUUUGGUUGAGACCUAGUGAAACCAGCUGCCUCAAGGACAUUAGUUUCAAUCGCGUAUGCUGUGUGGGGAAACUAAUGCUCCCGCCUAUCACAGUGGACGACUCAACAGGGCCCAAGUUCAUGAACUUGAUAGCUUAUGAAAUGUGCCCAGAUUUCGACAAUGACUUCGCUGUCACCUCUUACAUAUGCUUUCUUGAUUCUCUGAUUGAUGAAGCAGAAGAUGUUAAGGCGUUGAGAGACGCAGGCAUACUCUACAAUGGGCUGGGAAGUGAUGAAGAGGUGGCUAAGCUUUUCAACAAGAUGAACACGGACUUGGUGCCCAGUCCAGAAAUUUAUUCUAAACUGAAGACACAAAUCCAGAAUCAUUGCAGAAACAUGUGGAUCACCUAUGCAGCUCAAGCCUAUCAUACCCAUUUUAGAAGCCCUUGGACUUUCCUAGCAUUUGUGGGCGCCAUCGCAGCACUUUGUCUUAGUGCUCUUCAGACUUACUACACCAUCCAUCCAAAAAAUUGAGACAUAAUUAUCUGCCAAUUUAUUUUAAUUUAAUAAGCUUAAUUACUUGCUUGCAACCUUGUGAUUUUCAUUUCCCCUAUACAUAUAUACAGAAAAGCCAUAAAAUUUUGGCUGGUUCUUAUCCAUGGGCAAAAGCAUCAAUUUCAACAAUUGAAUACACAAAUUUCUCUCCUGCCAUGGGCAGGGAAUACCGAUGUGUCAGUUCCAUUUAGCAUUGACUAAUGAACGUGUUGCUGAAGCUUAUUGUUUCUUAUGUUUCUUAGUUCUUCUGUAACGUUUCCAGAAUUGUAAAUUUAUAGGUGCCCUAGCUUUGUUUUAUAAUUUUGUACUAUGUUUGUGGCAGAAAAUAAUGAGCUAUGCUCAAAACACGAAGGCUGCUUGACAACGUACAAUGCAAGGGUCCCAGCCCUUGGAUCUGGAGACUUAUGCUUAUUCCAUUUCAGUCUAUAUCUAAAGCAUUCGUAUAUUCUUCCCCUUUCCCAGAGCAAGAUCACGACUAAGCAGAGAGCAGAAAAACUGCUUUCCCAUGCAGUUGCAGAAUGCCAGAAAACCUACUAAUAUCACUUAAGAGAUAGCACCAAAACCAGAUUUCCUAUCACUGUUUGUCCCCUAAGUAUAUUUUCAAAUGACCUUAUGAGCAACCAUAUACAACACCGCACUCUGUCAAUUAUUUGCCAUCAUAGUAAAAUAUCUCACAAUCUAUCAAACACAAUCACUGAAGACAUCAUCAUAUUCAUAGUACAUCAAUCCUUGUUUCGUAUUUAACAAGCUUUAAACUUUGCACAUCUGUGUUGAAGACAGGACAAGCAAACUUAACUGCAAUUAUCACAACUACCUAUUCUAAAUGAAAGCAAGGCAAUUCAACAAGUAAUUUCCCCUAUUUCCAGGCUGUAGUUUCCAACAACAGCAUUACUUAGUUAUCAUACACCAUGCCUUCGUAUCUUUCUCAAAGUUGGACAGUGAUAAUACUGAUUAACCAUGUAAGCUAUUGACAGUAUCAACCCUAUACUGAUGCAUCUAACAACUCCAAUCACAACAUAUGACACAUCAUUCGCCUAUCCUUUUUGCUUCUUGCAGCUACUAGCUAAUCACCGAGAGAGAAAUCCUAAAUUAACGAACAGCCAUUGCCAACAAAUUGGAUGAGACUAAUAGUAAAAUGCAGGAUGUCCACAAG